UUCUUGUCCUCAACAUUGUUGUUUUUCACCAUGCCUGAUCCAGCCAAGUCCGCUCCAGCGCCCAAGAAGGGGUCGAAGAAGGCGGUGACCAAGGCGCAGAAGAAGGACGGCAAGAAGCGCAAGCGCAGCCGCAAGGAGAGCUACUCGGUGUACGUGUACAAGGUGCUGAAGCAGGUCCACCCGGACACCGGCAUCUCAUCCAAGGCCAUGGGCAUCAUGAACUCGUUCGUGAACGACAUCUUCGAGCGCAUCGCGGGCGAGGCGUCGCGCCUGGCGCACUACAACAAGCGCUCGACCAUCACGUCUCGGGAGAUCCAGACGGCCGUGCGCCUGCUGCUGCCCGGGGAGCUGGCCAAGCACGCCGUGUCCGAGGGCACCAAGGCCGUCACCAAGUACACCAGCGCCAAGUAAGCCUAAGUGAUGGAGCAGAACGACUAACCCCAAAGGCUCUUUUGAGA